AGUUCCGAAAGGGCAAAUCGAACGGCUUCACUUCUUGGAAAGAUGCGGCCGAGCAGCGGAAAGUGGCUUGUUUCUAAAACUGCAGCCCAAUUUAACCCACAGUCGCACAGCCGCCGGCUGGUUCAGUGGCGCGUGUCACCACUAGCUGCACUAUGCGUUUGAGACGUGGAGCCCUACCGGCGUGUCGAUGCACCCAGUCCAGUUGUGCCGCGAUCAUCGCUCAGCUCACACCCCCAAUCGGCCUCUCUCUCCCGGCCAGACCUCGUCGAUCGGAGAUGUUACUCACUCGCAAUGGCACAGAUUGGCCACCUAAUGCGGGAGACGCUCGUCAAGUGCUCUCGCCCUGGGACCCUCUUCAGCUGGCAACGCUAGACAGGUCGCACUUUAAAGAGGGCACCGUAAGCCGAGAUCAGAAGGUGUUACCUAAGUCAGAUGCGGCAUUUUCGGCGGCCUCUUACAAAAUUGGCUCACUUCGGGGCGUCUUUAGGUACACCCAAUGUGGCAUUCAGUACAUUCUCCCUGGCAAGCUGGAGCACACAGACUGGCCUACCAUCUCAGAGCUCCAACUCAGACCUAGCCAUAGCUGCGCACAGGCGAGCAAUAACUGACAGUGUUCAUUAAACCCGCCAUAGUUCAAAGUCUCCUAGGUCGGUGCCACCUUCGCAGCUCUCCGCGUCUUCAUGUUUCCGCGAAUACGUCCGCCGCCAAGCGCAAGGAGACAUGAUGCGCUGUCCCAUCAGUCCGCCCCUGAUAUCUUGCAAUCUCCACGUCGGACAGUGUCGAGACCAAAGGCGCGAAGCGACAA